AGUAUUCAAAACCCCCUCCCUCUCCCCCUCUCUCUCUCUCUCUCUCUUCGUCUCUCUCUCUUCCCCAUCACAAAGCUAUAUAUAUACCACCGAAAAACCACCUUCUGUGCUUUCACCUUUCUAUUCCUCUUUUGCUUCUCAAACUACUAGUCCACAAUCCUCAACACUUCUAGUCUUUUUUGUAUUUUCUAGAAAAAAAAAAAAAAAAUCAAUCUUCCACCCAAAAUGGAAUCGGCAAACCAAAUCGGCGCCCUGGGUCACCCCGCCGCGUCUCUGACUCCGGCUCUAGUCCCGGCUAGAUCAUCAAGCGGGACGCUGGGCGGGCACCUGGCUCGGCGGCUGGUCCAAAUCGGAGUGAGAGACGUGUUCUCCGUUCCCGGCGACUUCAACCUGACUCUGUUGGACCACUUGAUCGCCGAGCCGCAGCUCAAUCUGGUGGGGUGCUGCAACGAGCUGAACGCCGGAUACGCCGCCGACGGGUACGCACGUGCCAAGGGAGUUGGGGCGUGUGUGGUGACGUUCACGGUGGGUGGGUUGAGUGUUUUGAAUGCGAUCGGGGGUGCGUAUAGUGAGAACUUGCCGGUGAUAUGUAUAGUCGGAGGACCCAACUCCAAUGACUAUGGCACUAAUCGGAUCCUCCACCACACGAUCGGCUUGCCUGAUUUCAGUCAGGAGCUCCGCUGCUUUCAGACAAUCACCUGUGCUCAGGCAGUGGUGAACAACUUGGAAGAUGCGCACGAGCUGAUUGACACUGCGAUUUCAACCGCUUUGAAGGAAAGCAAGCCAGUAUAUAUCAGCAUAAGUUGUAAUCUGUCCGGAAUUCCUCAUCCAACCUUUGCUAGGGAGCCAGUCCCAUAUUUUCUUGCACCGAAGGUGAGCAAUCAAAUAGGAUUAGAGGCUGCAGUGGAAGCGACAGCUGAUUUUCUGAAUAAGGCUGUGAAACCUGUCCUUGUUGGAGGUCCCAAGCUAAGGGCCACAAAGGCACAACAAGCCUUUGUGGAGCUAGCAGAUGCAUGUGGAUAUCCAAUAGCUGUAAUGCCUUCGGGUAAAGGACUCGUUCCAGAGAACCAUCCACACUUCAUUGGGACAUAUUGGGGUGCUGUCAGCACCAGCUAUUGUGGGGAGAUUGUGGAAUCCGCUGAUGCUUACGUUUUUGUGGGUCCCAUCUUCAAUGAUUACAGCUCAGUUGGAUAUUCUUUGCUGAUCAAGAAAGAGAAAGCAGUGAUAGUUCAGCCCAAUCGUGUGACUAUUGGUAAUGGGCCAUCCUUGGGUUGGGUUUUCAUGGCAGAUUUUUUAACUGCAUUGGCGAAGAGGCUGAAGAAGAACAGCACUGCCGUUGACAAUUACCGUCGGAUAUUUGUCCCUCCAGGCAUUCCUCUGAAACGUGAGAAUAAUGAACCUCUUAGAGUCAACAUACUCUUCAAGCACAUUCAGGAGAUGCUGGGAGGAGACACUGCAGUAAUUGCAGAGACAGGGGACUCGUGGUUUAAUUGUCAGAAGCUCCAUCUCCCUGAAAAUUGCGGGUAUGAAUUCCAGAUGCAAUACGGAUCCAUUGGGUGGUCUGUAGGUGCCACACUUGGUUAUGCUCAGGCUGCCAAAGACAAGCGUGUGAUUGCUUGCAUCGGUGAUGGGAGUUUCCAGGUGACAGCUCAGGAUAUUUCCACAAUGAUUCAAUGUGGGCAAAGGAGCAUUAUAUUCCUCAUCAACAACGGAGGGUAUACGAUUGAAGUGGAGAUUCACGAUGGGCCGUACAAUGUGAUCAAAAACUGGGACUACACUGGCCUUGUUGAUGCUAUUCACAACGGUGAAGGCAAAUGCUGGACUGCCAAGGUACGUACUGAGGAUGAGUUGGCAGAAGCAAUAGCAACGGCGACAGGAGCACACAAAGACUCAUUAUGUUUUAUUGAAGUGUUUGUUCACAAGGAUGACACCAGCAAAGAGCUGCUGGAAUGGGGGUCCCGAGUUUCUGCUGCUAACAGCCGCCCUCCAAAUCCUCAAUAGUUUCCAACAUGACUUGACAUUCUAGCAAAUCUCUGUUUUGAUCCAAUGACAUUUCCAAAAAAUAAAAAUAAGUAAAAAAGACGGUUGCUCAAUUGUUGGGAUGUAUUUUUGGAUUAUGAUUAGAGAAUAUGUUAAUUAGCACUGUAAUAAUGAACUGAUUUUUAUGUGUUUUGAGUCUGUUGACAGCAUGUACGGGAGUAGUGUGUUUGUGUGAGAUGGAUGUAAUUGUAAUUGCAUAGUGUGUAGACAUUAAAGAAUUUUCAAUGUAACAAAUAUGUGAUGUCUUUUUGGUUA